AUGCGUCUCGUUGUCAACAACACCACAGCGAUUGAUUUGCGUCCACAUUACCGUUUUGAUGCGCUUUCGACUGUCCAUAUUAGGGACUUUAAGAUCCAACGACUCGGACGGCAACGAAAACGUAAACAAAUCAAAAGGCUCAAUAAGCAAUGACAACAACUUUGCACGUGCAUCACGCUUUUUUGUACAUUUCUUUCCCGUUUUUGCACGACUACCACGUUAAAAUGCCUAAUUUUGCGUUUUAUAGAGAAAAAAAAAAAAACAAACAAGCAACGACGAAACUUUUUUUCUCAUUUUGAACUUGGAUAAGGUCUCUAAGAAUUUCAAUUCCAGGGGGGUUUGACUACAUUUGACAGAAUAAGUGGGUAGGAAUAAUUCCGUUAAAGACUGAAAGAACGCAAAUUCACUUUUUAAGCGUCGUUCUCGUUGCCGUCGCGUCGUUUAAUCUUAAAGUCCCUAUUAAGAAGUUCGAAAACGAUAGAGUUGCACGUUGAGAAGUAAGUUGAACCAUCUGCGCAUCUUACAAUCACGCGCCUGCGAUAUUUCGUCUGUCUCUAAAAGCGUAUUCUAAUUUUACCUCCAGGACCCUAAAGAAGACUUUCUUAAGUUAAAAUCGUCUUUAGGAGAAGACAGUGGCAGAUACACGGUGACUGAGGCCAGAAUAAUCAUCGCAAAUUCGGGAGGACAAGUAAGUUCCACUACUAAUGAAGGGAAACAUCUCACUUUUUUUUUAGCCUCUACCUAUACCAGUGUGGGGCUCUAUUAACGAACUUAUGAAGAAAUAAAACUAAUAACACAUUAAAUUAUUCAGAGUAACAUACUAAGGCCUAACGAAUUAAGUUAGGCUUAAAACAGGCCAACUAAAUUCCUUUGUUAAUUUCGUUUACCAAGUUUGAUCCCUUUGACAUUUAAUUCAGCAUUGGGAAAAGAAUUCACAGAAACAUGCACCUCUUCAUGUGACUGGAAUAAAAAGCAGGUCUUUCUUUCCAGAAUGAUUUAGUACUAUUGUUUAACCAGAGAUGCUUAAAGGAAGCGUUAUAAUAUAGCAUAAACUGUGUCAAUUUAGCCACAUACAUUUAAUAACUUAAACUUUUUUAAUGAACAGACCCUACAAUCUUCAGCUGAAAAUCUCCAAACCGUCAUGAAAACAACAGAUGGUAGAGAUAAAGACAUUCUAGAUAAACAAGGUGUUGAACGGGAUUUCAAAUACAGAGAAGAGACAUUGAAAGAUGCACCUAUAUCAAGCAACAACAUAAAAGAAAGUCAGCAGACACUAUUUCCGAGGGAGAAUGAAAAUAAGCAGAAGGCUAAAAUCACUGUUCACACAACAGAAGAGGCAAUGACAACUAACCAAGAGCGCACGCCCGUAAGUGUUUGGUGUGGUUAUGAAAAUGCUUGAUCCUUUUAUAUACAGGUUGUCCCAAAAGUUGGCUCUUCUAAUUUCAUGCGUAAUCAUAACUAUAACAAAAUUCUCAAAUCUGAUUGGCUCUCAACUGCCCUGAUUUCAGCCUUAAUAGGACAGUUUAAUAGGACAGUACGCGUCAUGCCUAAGUAAUUGGACAGUACGCGCCAUCACGGGCGCGCUUAAAUGGCUUUUUUUUUUAUAGCUAGCGAAAAAAUCUUGGAAUUUCUUGUGUUUUGAUUUAAAAAGAGCCCUAUAUAUCACAAAUUUUGUUAAAGUUAUGAUUAAUUGGUAACAGGACUGAGUGGAGUCCAAUUCGGUCUGUAAUCAUUGAGCACUAAUUUGUUUAGCCUCUCCCGCUACGCGGUCGUCCGAUUUUGUUAAUCACUCGUAUGAUUACAGACCGAAUUGGACUCCACUCAGUCCUGUUACCAUUACUAAUCAUAACUAUAACAAAAUUCUUAAAUCUGAUUGGCUAUCAACUGCCCUGAUUUCAGCCUUAAUAGGACAGUUAAAUAGGACAGUACGCGUCAUACCUAAGUAAUUGGACAGUACGCGCCAUCACGCGCGCGCUUAACUGGCUUUUUUUUUUGUCACUGCUAGCAAAAAAAAUCUCGGAAUUUCUUGCGUUUUGAUUAAAAAAGGAGCCUCAUAUAUCACAAAUUUUGUUGAAGUUAUGAUUAACUGGUAACAGAACUUCGUGUCGUCCAAUUCGGUCUGUAAUCAUAUUCGUGAUUAAACAAAUCGGACUCCCGCUACGCGGUCGUCCAAUUUUGUUAAUCACUCGUAUGAUUACAGGCCGAAUUGGACUCCACCCAGUCCUGUUACCAUUACUUAUAGCUUUUGAUCCAAACUGUAUUCUUGCAUGAAAUUUUAGAAGGUGUUUAUUGCUCUAUGGACUGCAUGUAUUUAGAAUUUCAGUAAAGGGCAUUCCCCCUUCGUUAUUUUAUCACAUUCUGUAGCCGUUGCAGCAUGGAGUAGGAUACAGCUUGAAGAUCCACUGAUGACAUGGCUUGCUAACUAUUGUGAGACCUAUCUUGUCGAGUUGUCUCUUUUGUAUCCAACCUUUUUCAAGACUGUUUUAGCCGCUUUAUUCAGGACUAUCAGUCUUAACCGUUUUUUUGUCUUCAAAACAUUCAUUUCUCGAUGAUCAUUUCAACACCGAAAAUUAAACUAUUCAGAGUAACAUACUAAGGCCUAAAGAAUCAAGUCUGACGUAGAACAGGCCAACUAAAUUCCUUUGCUAACUUCGUUAACCAAGUUCGAUCCUUUCGAUACUUAAUUCAGCAUUGUAAAAAUAAUUCACAGUAAUAUUUGCAUCAGCUCGGACUGGAAUAAAAAGCAGGCCUUUCAAUGCUUUGAGACCUUAGUUUAACUGAGAUGUUUGAAAGAAGCCUAACAAUAUAGCAUACACGGUAUCAAUUAAGCUGCAAAGUUCCUACAUUCAAUAUCUUACAUUUUAUGAUCAACAGACCCUACAAUCUUCAGCUGAAAAUUCCGAUACCGUCAUGAAAACAACAGAUGGUAGACAUAAAGACAUUCUAGAUAAACAAAGAGACGAAAGGGAUGCCAAGUACAGAGAAGAGACAUUGAAAGAUACACCUAUAUCAAGCAACAACAUAAAAGAAAGUCAGCAGACACUAUUUCUGAGGGAAGAUGAAAAUAAGCAAAAGGCUAAAAUCAGUGUUCACACAAUAGAGGAGGCAAUAACAACCAACAAAGAGCGCACGCCCGUAAGUGUUUGGUCAUGUGGUUAUGAUAAUGCAUGA